AUGCGCGUGCACGAGGGAUGCGUGAUGUUCGAGAGGGACCAUUUCCAGCGAAUAGGCGAGAGCUGUGUGGUUGCCGUGUCGGACACGCAGCACAACAACAACAGCACGAGUGACAAUAGCAAAUACGCUGCGUUGUCGUGUCCGGUUGAGGCUGUGGCCGAAAAAAUCAGGGAUUACAUCCGCUCCUAUCACCGGGAUGGUGGUGAUGUCAACUUGAAAUUCAUCACAUGGUUGCCACCCCGCAGCAGCAUGGCAAGCAAAAUAAAGGAGCAACGCGAGCUGCUGUGCAACUUUUCCUAUGCUUUGUAUUAUGUAAAAUCCUUUUUCCCCCCGGAGGAGUGGUACGUGGAUGGGACGCGGCUGUCGCUGAUGUACAAUGCACAGCGACACACACCGAACGCAAAGAUUCUCCAGACCCAACUUCGCUCACGGGCUAAGGCUCUACAGGAGUCUACAAACGCGUUUGAGGUGCUAAUGGUGCGGGAUAAGGCGGAACAAUUCCUCGUGCCGGAGGGAUCUCGCUCGAACUACCUCCUCCUGACAUCAGACAAUCGGCUCCUCUGCUCGCUGGAAAAGGACAUUCUUAUUGGGAUAACGCUGCAGGCCGUGCGAAGGGCGGCAGCUGCCGUUGGAAUUCCACCGAUUGAGCACCAGCAGCUCUUUGUUGGGGAUCUGUGCACCGCAAAGGGGCUUGUUGUAUUGGGGACGAGCCCUGGCGUGCUUCCGGUGCGGGAGAUUCAAUUAUACCACAAUGAGGAGAGCCGGCAAAAUUUUCUAGCGGCACUGGACGACUACGAGCAGCGCGCUACCGCGAAGGAGCUGGUGGCGACGAUGCGUAAGCAGAUUGUUGCAGCCGGUGGGGUGUUGCGCCUCGACAGCGCGCAGAACAGCCUCCUGACACGUCUGAGAGAGGCGUAUGAGGUAGAGGCAUUUCAUUAA